AUGUCGACAUCGCCGAAAUCGGCGUCGAUAACGGACACCGAAGAGGACGAGAUGCCGCCGUCGAACAUCCCGUGGUACACGUUCACCGACGAUGAUAAGCACGAUCUCGAGCACUCGUGGAAGAUCAUCGAGCCGAAGAAGAAUCAAAUCGCGUGCGACAUCUAUGAGAUGAUUUUCAAUCAGUGCCCCGAAGUUCGUCGACUCUUCCCGAAGCUCAAGUUUGUCAACUCGAAACCCGAUCGGAAGAGCAACGAGUUCACGUUUCAAGCGAUGCGAUUCAUGCAGGUGAUCGAAGGCGCCGUUCGAGCAUUGGAUAAUCUGCCGUCGCUCGAUAUAAUUCUUGACAAUCUGGGACGAAGACAUGGCAAAUUGGAGGUUAACGGCAAAUUUCGAUCAUACUAUUGGUCGACAUUUUUGGAAUGCUGCAUCUUCAAUAUUCGAUUGAAUUUGUCGAAGAAAAUGAACUCGUUGGAAGUGGACCGAAUAAUUAUUUUGUGGAGGUGCCUUCUUCGGGAUGUGAUGAAGAAAAUCAAGGCCGGCACCACCGCGGACAUCGCUCAGCGAAUGCUUCAGAUGAGCAUCGAAGAAUCGCGCAUGUUCUCGCUGCCCGCCAUCCAUAAGGAAUCGAACGCUUCAUCGGCAGAUGUAAGCUUUUCGUUUGAAACCGUCGACUUGAAGAAUGGUCGCGUUUUAGUCGAGUUUAUAGGCGAUUAA